AUGGCAAGCUUAUCUGACGCGCACUACGUAUGCUCAACCUCAAUAUUGGACGAAGUCCGCUGUUUCUGGCAACGGAAGCUCUCUGCGGCUAAGUUCAUGUUCUUCUUGAACCGCUACACCCUGCUCGUGGCGUCGUUUUCAAUGAUGCUAGCGCAUUUCGCGUCGACGGUGGAUACGGUGAUUUCUUCUCUUAAUUCAGAUAGUGUAGACGCUGAGCGGAGGUAUGCUAAGUGCAAGUUGCAAGAGGUUCGCCUGGCGUUCUCUGCGCUCAGAGCCUACGCCAUUGGUGGGCGCAUCGUGCUCCCAGCCCUGGUGGUGUUGGCGCUCUCGUUGACUGCGGGUGGGGCAGUGGUCAAUGGCGAAAGAGACUUGAGUGCUGACAUUGGGCGCACGGCAGUGAUGACCGCUACACGGGCUAUCGCAAUUGCUGCCAAUUUGAUCGUCCUCGCAAUAACCAUUCACCGUACGUUCGGAAUCAAGAGACAAGCCCGUCAGCUCCAGAUGAAGGUGCCGCUCACCACAGUGCUUCUGGCUGACGGGUUCCUAUACUUCGUGGUCGGAGUGCGACCCACGAUGUCGUCCGUUCUGAUCUCAAGGUUCAUGUUCCACCUACAUCGGAGUUCCGGGCCUGCUGGUAGCACGCUCCAGGCAACGCACAGCCUGAUGAUCUCUUCAGCGGGCUCAGCACCCCUUGACAGUAUAGUAUUCGCCCACUUCAGCACGGACGACAAAAGCGUGGGAACGCCUUUUGCUGGAAAUACAUCAUCAGCUGGUAUCGCCUUGGAAGACGACUGGGAUGAUACAGUGUCGGAUAUGGAAGCAGAAUAUGAAUCAAACGGCGAGGGUCAUCCUGUUAGCGACCAUCGAGACACACUCCAUGCGUAG